AGUGAACAAAUUCCCCUUGACAUUAACAGAGAUUUAAUUUGGGUUAAGAGUCGGGUACGAACUAAAGAACCUGUGACUUUAUCACCAGAAGUGCUCGAACAAUUACGUUACAAUCAAACUCAAAGUAUUAUUCAAAAUUAUAUGACUAUAAGUAACAACCUAAUAACAAAUCCUGAGUUUACUCCAAAUAUUACUGCUUCGAUAUGGAAUGCUGGCAUUG